GCAGCAGGCGGUGAUAGCGCCCAAGCCGCGCGAGGGGAGCCGCGGGAGGCGGGCGGGAGGCGUGGAGAGCUCGGCGGCGCCCUCCGGCCGGGACGGGAGGCGGACCGGAGCCUCGACGGCGCUGCUGCCCAAGCGGAGAGACGGAGCCGGCCGGAGGAGGAGGAGAGCCCAGGUGGGGCCACUUCUGGAGGAGGAUGUAGCCCAGACUCGAGAGGCCCACUAAACUAGAAUCAUGUCUGUGAAGCUAACUUUUGUUUCUCCCGCUGAUGGAGGAAGAAUUGGCCGGAGCUGCUCAUUUGCUGGAUUCAGUGCUGCGCAUAGCCGAAAAUUAUCGAAGUCUCUUGGCAAAAGUUCAACAAGAUCCAAAAUGUCUGUAAGAUCGGCCAAGAUGUAUCCUUCUCUUCAGAAAGGGGCAGUCAUCUGGGAUCCCAAGCCAGACCAAGUAAAGAAAGUCUUCGAGGCAUUAAAGAAAGGACUAAAUGAAUAUCUGGAAAUGCACCAGGCAGAAUUGGAUUAUCUGUCAGGAUGCCACAAAGACACAAGAAGGAACUCCAGGCUGGCUUUCUACUAUGAUUUGGAUAAGCAAAUCCGCUCUGUCGAAAGGUACCUCAGAAAACUGGAAUUUCACAUAAGCAAGGUAGAAGAACUGUAUGAAGCUUACAGCAUCCAGUGCAGACUACGAGAUGGUGCUUUGAAUAUGAAACAUGCUUUUUCCUUGUCCCCUUCCACUAAAGCAUCCAGGGAAAGCCUAGUAGAACUCUACAAGAACCUCCAGGAAUGUACAGAGGAUAUGUGUCUGAUUGAGGGGACACUUGAAGUACACUUGGGAGAAUUUCAUUUAAAGAUGAAAGGGCUGGUGGGUUAUGCGCGUCUCUGCCCAGGAGAUCAAUACGAGGUGUUCAUACGGCUGGGACGACAGAAGUGGAAACUUAAAGGGAAGAUCGAGACGGAUGACAGUCAGACAUGGGAUGAGGAAGAGAAGAUUUUUAUUCCCAAUCUCCAUGAGAAGUUUGAAAUCAAGGUCACUGAACUUCGAGGACUGAGUAGCCUGUUGGUGGGCACAGUGAAAUGUGACAGCAUAGACUUCUUCAUGACUAGGCCUCAGACCAUCAUUGUGGAUGUCACUGAACUAGGGACCAUCAAGCUCCAACUGGAGGUCCUUUGGAAUCCUUUUGAUGCAGAGAACCUAAUUUUGUCUCCUGGAUCCACUGCCAAGUUUUCUGUGGGGAGUAGAAAGAACUCCACAUACAGCUGGACGCCACCAAACACUCCCAGCUUCCGAGAGAAAUACUACCUUUCUGUUUUACAGCAAGGGAAAAAACAGGUAGACAUUGUAGAUGAGAUCCAAGAUCCUUGUAUCCUGAGCUACUUGGCUGACUGUGAUUUUAACAUGCGUUUGAGGAACACAAGUCACAGCUUCACUGAGACCACUGAAGAUAGUUCGUUCAGCUCCGAAGAUCAGAAAAGCUCAGAAAGCAGAAACUUAACUCCACCUUCAAGUCAAAGGACUUUGUCAUUGGCUUUCCUAAGAGACACUUGUGCAGAAAGAGAACCACGGGAUGUUCUGCUGAGCCAGCCUUUUCACCGUAGGACUCUAGACAUCCUACAGGAAACACCCCACGCUGAUUCUGCUCUGACUAUUCCAUCAUGUCCCCUGGAUCAGCAUAGAGGCGAGAGCCAAACUUUCACCCUCAGUUGGAGCCCCCCAUCAGCACAACAAGGACAAGUCCUGUCUACUGGUCAAAGAGGUUCAAAAGAUGAUAUUGGUGCCAACCCAGAUGGAGGCAUCAGAUCAAUCGCGACAACUGUUCAGGCAGUAUUGCAUUUGCUCAAGUCAAGGCACCCGGGCCCCUCCCAACUUGAUGAAUUAGAAUACCAGGUUUUCUGUAUCCAGGACAAAUUAAAGCCAAAAAAGUACCAGCUGAAACAUUCCUCAGUGGAGAGCUUGAUGGUUGAGACUGUUCUGGAAAGUUUUGAUUUCCUCAACGCUGACUGCAGUGCCGACGAGUUGUCAUCCUUGGGAAGUGUAAGGACCCGCAGUAUCAGCACCAGCACCUACAAUGAUGGCACAUUUCAUUCCCUGGGCUAUGAUACUAAGGCAGAAAAUGAGGAGUUAACCACAGGCAGUGACGACCUAGACACACUUCUAGACGUUCAUCUGCAGCUCUGCAAAGCUCUUCUACAGAAACUUGUUGCACCGAACUUAGCUCCAAUUGUCCAGAACAGCCUCAUGGAGGAGGUGUCACGACAGAAACAUGUGCUGGAGAUCAUCUCUGCUAUAAUUGCUCCUGUGCCGCGGAACUUGACUUCUGUUGAAGAGAUUAUCCACAAAGCUAAAAAGCAGAAGCAUUGCCUGAAGAUCUGGAGUGAGUGCACUGAACGGGGAAGCAUCUUGCUCUGUCCAGUAGAGAGAUUUUGGAAUUCGCUGAAAUACAUAUUGAUGUUUAAAACAAAGGAGAAAUAUCCAGGACACCUAGAGAAAGUGUUGCAGAUGUUCCUGGAGCAGAUCGCUGGAGGGAGCCUGUUAUUUCCUUCAGCAACUCUCCAAGAUGAUUCCGUUACAUUAUUCCAGUUUUACAGCUACCUGGAGAAACAUCGUGUGAGCAACCUGGAAAAAUAUUUGGCCAGAUUUGCUAAAGAAGUGCUGUUAAUUGAGGACUUGAAGCAUCCUGGAAGGGUGAAGAAGAUAAAGAAACUGAAAGGGAAACGACUGGGUCAGUUGGUGCCCCUGCCACAGACCCUGCGGCUACUAGCACUUCUUCAGCUGGAUGAAAACCAUCGUGUUGGCAGAGCAGCUGUAUCAUGCCUCUCACGUGCGGCAGCCAAUAGGAAUUUCAGAGAAAAGGCACUUCUUUUUUACACAGACGUCUUAAGUAAUGACAACGUGAAAUUUCAGCAAGCUGCAUGCCUGGCGCUCAAAAACCUCAGAGGCGUGGAAAGCAUAGAACAAAUUGCCAGCUUGUGUCUGUCCGAGACAGAGGAAGUACGGAACACGGCCAGAGACACAACUCUCUCAUUCGGUGAAAAAGGACGGCUGGCUUUUGAGAAAAUGGACAAAAUCUGUUGUGAGCUGAGGGAUACAAUGUACCAAGAAGCUGAAAUUGAAAUAACAGUAUUUUAAACAGCAUUUCCCUAAAUGAAAACAAACUGCCUUUGCUUGGAUGUGAAAGGCUCCAACAUGCAGAAGACCACAUCAGCUGUCUCGGCUCAGCUUUUUAUGCCAGAAAGAGAGCAGAGUUUCAGGAUUUUAUCAGUGCUGGCAGGCCUAAAGAAAAAAAUCUGGGUCUCAUAUCUGUACCAUUAAGUAGCCACAUUCUUCCCUUCUUCUACAUAACCACAGAUGUGAAGCCUGCAAUAUAUCUGCCUUAAUAAGAUAAGCUCCCGUGCGCCCAUAUGGAGAAAAGUGGGAUAAAAAUAAUUUAAAUACUUUGCAAAAAAAUACACUGAAGUCCUGUACGAGAUUUUUCCGAGUGAGGAAAAAGAUACUCAAGCAGUUUCUGUCAUGACCGUGAAAUGUUUUCUUGCAAAUUCUUUCAGCAGUAUCUGGUGCUCAAGCAGGAAAACACGCGCAGAAAAACAAACAACUGGAGAACCAUGUGAGAGAAGACGUUUCCUUACUGGCAAUUUUCCGAUCUUCCCUGACCUGGAUAGCCCAGGUUGGCCUGAUCUCAGAAGCGGAGCCAGGCCAGCCCUGGUUAGCAUCUGGAUGGAAGACCACCAAGGAAGUCAAGGGUUGCAACCCAGAGGCAGGCAAUGGCAAACCACUUCUGAACAUCUCUUGCCAUGAAAACUCUGCAAGGUCGCUUAUAAGUUGGCUGCAAUUUGACAGCACUUUCCACCACAAAUCUACUGCAGCUGCAAACCAAGACCUAUGUGCACCCUUCUUUAGGCAAAGAAGAGAGGAACUAUUUCGUCUUCAUUUAACCCAGUGGACCAUAAACUGGCCGUCUCCUAUUUUUAAAGGCAGGACGGCAAAUUAAUCUGAAGUCACUGUUUGAUAUCCUUGCAGCAUAACAGGAAAAACUUAACAUGUGCAUGUUGUAAUCCUGAAGAGACAAAAGAAAAUCUCGGAGAGGUUUGUGAUCAACUGUCCUAUCGGUUGAAAGAUGCUACACCCUUAAUGUAGACGGCCAGUGUCUAGUGCAAGUGAUAUGGAAGAAUGAUACACCAUAGUUUCUGUUGGAGGCCGUCAUUCUGAGUUUAAGAAUCUAGAUGUUGCUGAGAAUUGCUUUUGGGUUCAUGGCUGCAUCCUGAUCAAAUUAAAUCUAAUUACAUUCAGUAAGACAUUUGACUAACAGUAGCCCAGAGAGGGCUGCAGCCCUGGUGAGCGUUCUUUGCUGCCGUUGGUUUUUUCCCCUGGGGCUGAAUGGGGAAAUUCCGAGGGUAUGCCCGGGCUCCCCUUACCGAAUCACUGCCCUUGAUGUCAGAGUAUAUAUUUUAUACAGUAUUUUGUGCUUUGUACUUUUCAGUAUUUAUUGCUGGGGUUGGUUUACAUAUUCUGUUUUUUUUUAAGUUUAUUAAACCAUUUGCAACCUAA